AUGGUUUCUCAAAAACUAACCCAUUAUGUUUGUGAAUUUGAUGAGUCUACAAGCUUUGAGAACAUCAAUGAAGAAGGUUUAACCCAAGAAGAGUUGAACUACAUUGGGAACCAGAACAGGUUCCAAAGGUUCAACAACUUUAAUGCCAACAACAACUUGUCUUAUAGGAGCACUAAUGUAGCAAACCCACAAGAUCAAGUGUAUCCUUCUCAGCGGAACCAGCAAAAUUUUGCCCCUAAGCCUCAGUUUCAAAGUUCUUUUCAGCUAAAGCAACAGUUUGUGCAGCCACAACAGCAGUAUGGUCAGCAACAGCAGCAGCAUCAGGGUACAAACUUCAGUUCUCGGCCGCAGCACAGCAAGCCUCCACCUGGGUUCAGUCAGCAACAGUUUCAGCAGCCACAAGCGGUUCAACAACAGCAGCAAAUGGGUCCAGACCUGUGUGGAGUGUUACAGCAGUUGUUACAAGGACAACAAAGGGUUGAGAGUGGGUUUUCUGAUUUGGAACCAAAUCCAAAGGAGUAUGCUAAUUCCAUCACCUUGAGAAGUGGCAAAGAGCUACUAGGUCUAGAACAAAACAGAGUGCUCAUUGAGGACAAUGAGCAAGUUGGUGGGGAGGCAGCCCCAAAGGAUGAGCAAGAGGAUGAAGCUUCAAAGAAAGGAAAAGCUAAAGAGGUGGAGAAGAAAUCAGAACCUCAGAAGCCUUAUGUUCCACCACCUCCUUAUCAGUAA